CCCAGUGUAAAACAGGAAGUUGUGCUUAAUGUGCCUCAGACACAAAGUGGAGCAAGAAACAAGAUUACAAAUGAGUGAUAACGAGUCAUUACUACAAAAUGAUUUCACCGGAGAGUCAUUCCACUCAAAUUUCUUAUUCCAGAACCAUGACAUAAGGAUUAUUCUGGUGGGGAAGACUGGAACAGGCAAGAGUGCGUCAGGAAACACAAUCCUGAGACGGGAGCUGUUCGAGUCUGAGCCCUCACCUGUGGGGGUUACAACACAAUGCAGCAGUGGUUUUGUGAAUGAAGGAGGAAGAAGAGUCUGUGUGGUUGACACGCCAGGGUUUUGUGGAUCGCUAAUUAAAGAAGACAUGAAGACACACAUGCAGAAGUGUGUUGAGCUUGCUGUUCCUGGUCCUCAUGUGUUCCUGCUGGUCAUCAAUCUGGACGCGAGAUUCACAGCGGAGGAGAUAAACACAGUGGAACAGAUUCAGCAGAACUUCGGAAAAGGUGCUGUGCACCACACCAUCAUCCUGUUCACCAGAGCAGAUCAACUGAGAGGCAGAUCUUUGCAGCAGUAUAUAGCAAGAUGCCCGGAUCUGAGGAGUCUGAUAGAGCGCUGCGAUGGAAGAUAUCACUCGUUCAACAAUAACGACAUGAGGAACCGCAGUCAAGUCACCGAGCUGCUGGAGAAGAUUGACAGAAUGACCCAAAAUGGAAGAAGAUAUUUCACUAACAAGAUGUUUAAAGAAGCUCAAAAGGAAAUUGAGAGAAAAGAGACGAUAAAAAAGUUAAAAGAUACGGGAUUAGCGGUUGGAUCAGCACUAGGAACAGGAGCAGCAGUAACAGGAGGUGUCCUCCUGGGAGUAACAGAGGUGACCGUUGCACUUCCUGUUCUUUUAAUCGGAGCUGUAACUCUAGCUGGAGUGGGAAUAGGUGUGAAACUGGCAGAGAACAAAAGAAAGCAAAACAAAAAGGACAAAUCUUAACCUAAAAACAGCUAAACUCUUUUCAGAACAUACUGUAAAUUCUCAGAUAUGUCUUACAUCAUCUGAAAUGUUUUAAUAUAUGCAUGUCCUCAAUGUACUUGUGAAAUGAAAAUGAGCAUUUCCAGCUAUUGUUUCCAGCUUAUUUUAAUUCUUUAAAGCAUUUAAAGAAAUUACUUUGCUUGCUUUGUUUUUGUAGUUGAUGACUCUAGAAAUUAUGUGUCCAGUAUGUGUCAAAAAAUAAUGAAAUGUAACCAAAACAUGAAAUUGAUUAUUUUAAAAAAUGCUAUUUGGAUGCAUGUGAUCAGUGUGGAAGUGUAUGGAUGCUGAUGUUUUUCUGCUUAAAUAAAUCAGAACUCAUUUCUGAA